UAAGCCUGUCCUCUCUGCCAUCAGGAAACAGAACGCGAAUUUGCCUCCCUUGUAACUAUUCGCUAUCGCAUCUGCGUGAAACGAUUGAUUUUUCCUCCCGCUUCGACUGCAGGCCGGCGGCUAGACCAGCUAAACUGGACUCAGAGCUGGUCAGAGGACGUCACUCUGGGUUUUCUUUUAUCAUCGGAGGGUUACACGCAAUGGAACCAGCCUUUGGGGAGGUGAACCAGCUCGGUGGUGUUUUUGUAAACGGAAGACCCCUGCCCAACGCCGUCCGCCUCAGGAUUGUAGAGCUGGCCCAGCUGGGCAUCAGGCCUUGCGACAUCAGCAGACAGCUGCGUGUCUCUCACGGCUGUGUGAGUAAGAUCUUGGCCCGUUAUAACGAGACUGGCUCGAUCCUGCCCGGCGCGAUCGGUGGCAGCAAGCCGCGGGUCACCACCCCGACUGUGGUGAAGCACAUUCGGACUUACAAGCAGCGAGACCCGGGCAUUUUCGCCUGGGAGAUCAGAGACAGGCUGCUCGCCGACGGCGUGUGCGACAAGUUCAACCUGCCUUCCGUCAGCUCGAUCAGCCGGAUCCUCCGCAACAAGAUCGGAAACGUAGCCCAGCAGAACCAGUACGAGUCGAGCAAACAGACUUCUCACCCUCAGCCGCAGCCUGCGCUGCCCUACAACCACUUGUACUCUUAUCCGACUCCGAUCGCAGCGACAGGGACUAAAGUGCCCACUCCCCCCGGCAUGCCCACUCUCCCUGGACAUAUGGCUAUGCACAGAAUAUGGCCUUCUUCUCAUUCUGUUACAGACAUUUUGGGCAUUCGGUCAAUAACGGAGCAGCAAAUUAGUGACAGUCCGUCCUUUCCCAGCGCCAAACUAGAAGAAUGGAGCGCUAUUAGCAGGAGUAAUUUCUCGUCAGCGAGCUCUCCACUAGUCAAUGGCGUGGAUAAGCCUCACUUAGAAGCUGACGCAAAAUACUCACAGAUGCCGAAUGGAUUGCCCACAGUGAACAGCUAUGUCACAGCUCCCAGCAUCCAUCCCUACCAUCCUCCCACCCAAGUGUCGCCUUACAUGGGGUACAGCGGCACCACGUCGGCCUAUGUGACCGGCCCCACAUGGCAGCCGCACAGUGGCAGUGCUCUCUCUCCCCACAGCUGUGACAUCGCCGCCCCGCUGGCCUUCAAGGGCAUGACAGCCUCCCGGGAAUCUGUCCACUCUGUCACAGCCUCUGCUCUGUGA